AUGUUCGCAAAGAGUAAGUUUGAAAUAAGAUUAGUACCAAAAGCUGCCUCUGAUUUCAGAAUCCGAUUUGGAAAAUUGGCUAUGGAGAUUUUGUGCGGUCAGAGAUUCAUGCAGACACAAAGGGGCCCCUAUUUUCAAGCAGGAAAGUCGUUUCGAUCCAAUCCAUUCUUGCGGUCCGAAAAAGACACUGGAUAUGUCAGUGACUUUGCACGACAAAGCGUUCUCCGAGGGCAUGGAAUGUACCAUUUUUGGGUCAGAAUCUUUACAGUAAUGUCUAUGUUGGAUUCUCCGGUUGAAAUACGGGAAAACUCCAUCAAUUUUUUUAUGGAAAUGGUGCUUUGCGAAUUCUCCCCGGAACUGGAAGAUCAUUUUGAGAUCUUCGAGCAUAUUCGAGGGUUCAAUGUGAAUAUUGUCACUUCGGCCAAUACAAAAGAUGAGACUUUACUACUGUGGAGCGGCUUUUUGCUAAAAGAUGAGGGGGAAACUAAGUAA